AUGUCGAAGAAGACGAAGGUGGUGGACCCCUACUCGCUGAACGAAGAGGACCGGCGCAAGUUCUACGAGAAGGAGCAGCAGCGAGCGCGCGAGACCGAGGAGAAGCGGAAGAAGGAGGAGGAGAAGGCCAAGAAGAAGGAGUGGGAGAAGCAGUCGGCCAAGCGGAAGAAGGAGGAGGAGAAGGCCAAGAAGAAGGAGGCCAAGGGCACCAAGAAGGACAAGAAGGGGGGCAAGGACGAGCCCAUGGUCGGCCGCGUCAUCGGCACCCCCACCAACUUCAAGCGCGAGAUGCAUAUCGGCUUCAACCCCGACACCGGCAUGUUCGAGGGCAUUCCGCAAGAGUGGAAGGUGAUGUUGGGUCAGGCGGGUCUGUCGGCCCAGGAAAUCGCCGAGGAUGCCGACAUGCUCGUGAGCGUGUUCAAGGUCAUGCAGUUCGAACAAAACAAGCCGGAGCGACCGGCCAAUCUCGCCGGCAGCGCCAUCCAGCAGCGUAUGGCGACCCUGCGCCGCGGCAUCACCCCUGCCGCCUUCCCGCCCGUCCCGCCUCCGCCCCAGGCCGGCUCGGCCUCGCCCCGCAACUCUCCCGCGUCCGUCCCGCGGCUGCCCGUGGCCUCGUCGCCCCGCGGCCUGACCAACGCCGCCCAGGCGCUGCCCCCGCCCUCCGGGCUCCUCUCCCCGCGCCCGCAUUCUCUGAACCAGCGCCUCACGGGCGAUGGGGCCACCCGUCCCACGUCCCUCAGCCAGCGCGUGCCGCCGGUUGUUGGGUCACCGGAUGACCGCGCUCUGCCGCCCCUGCCGCCCGCGCCGCUGCUCGAGGGCGACGACUACGACGACCGCGGCCUGCCGCCGCCCCCCUUGCCUCGCACCGCAGACGCACCGGUGACCACCGCCGACCGCGGCCUGCCUCCGCCGCCCGGCGCGGGCGGUCCCGCGGGCUUCACUCCACCGCUCCGACCGGCGCCUUCGCCCCGCGGCGUGGUGCCGCCAUCGCCCGGCAGGGCCAUGCCCGGCCCCGGCGGACCCAGCUCCCUGCGCGCCGUUGGGGCCACCCCGCCGUCGCCCCUCUCGCCGCGCCCUUCGCACGCCUUCCAGCAGGCCCCCGCCGACCGGGACCUCCCGCCCCCGCCACCACGGGAUGAGCCGCAGGUGCCGGUCGGGCGCCCCGCGUCGGUGCUGAUUCCGCCCAUCACUCCGCCCUCCAGUACACCGCUAGGCCGGCCGACGCCGUCGCCCGGCGGACGGCCCCUGCCUCCGGCCACACCCGCCGCGCCCGGCUCUCCGAUGUCAUCGCGACCCCAGCCUCCCAUCGCCACAGGGAGUCCCGGUGGACGACCGGUGCCGCCGUCGCCUUCGGGGCGUCCGGCCCCGCCCUCGCCUUCCGGCCGCCCCGCUCCGCCCGGCCAAGGCGCCCCUCCGCCCGCCGGCGGAAGCGAUGAGUCGCCCACCGCAGGAGUGGAGAUCGACGACUUGGUGCUCAAGGGAGUCGACCCGACCACCCUCUUCACCGACAUGGCCAUCGUGGGCCAGGGAGCGUCGGGAGCGGUGUACUCGGCCACGGACAAGCGCACCGGCAGGAAGGUGGCGAUCAAGCAGAUGGUGGUGGCCAAGCAGGUGAAGAAGGAGAUCAUCAUCAACGAGAUCAUGAUCAUGAAGCAGUCCACCCACGCCGCCAUCGUCAACUUUGUCGACGCCUUCCUCGUCGACGGUAUCCUCUGGGUGGUGAUGGAGCUGGUGGACGGCGGUUCUCUUUCCGAACUCCUCACGCUGGGCAUCCGGCUCACCGAGCCCCAGAUCGCGGCGAUUACCAAGUCCACGCUUGAGGCCAUCGAGUACCUCCACAACCGACCCAAGCCCAUCAUCCACAGGGACAUCAAGUCCGAAAAUGUGCUGCUCGGCCUGGGCGGUGAAAUCAAGAUCACCGAUUUCGGUUACGGCUCGCAGCUGUCGUCGGCGCAGGACACGCGCAAGUCAGUGGUGGGUACCACCUUCUGGAUGGCGCCCGAGCUGGUCAAGGGCCAGCACUACACGUGCAAGGUCGACGCGCUGUUCUUGAUCGCCAAGAAGGGUCGACCGCCGUUCAAGGAUCCCGACGCCAUGUCGGCGCAGUUCAAGGACUUCAUCGAGAAGUGCACCAUCAUGGACCCCUCUCUCCGUCCCGAUUCCACACAAAUGCUCUCUCAUCCGUUCCUCAAGCUGGCGUGCGAUCCCCGCGAGUUGCUCUCGUUGGUCCAGAGAACGAAAAACGAGAGCGUGCGGGAGUACAUCCCCGACGAGUAA